GCCACAUAAAGAACCCAUUGCUUCUGCGCGAAACGGCCAUUGUCAAAUCACAUAACCUUACAACGUAAACUCAAUAAUGCAACGAGAAAGUGUUUAUUGUGAAUAUAAACUGAAAUAAUAUAUCAAAACGUACAUUUUUGGACCAAAACCCUGUAAAAACAUAUAAAAUAAACAUCGUUUGUGUUAUUAAAGUGACAAAAACAUCAGAAACGAGGGAAAAAAAUAAGACACAGAAAAACGGAAUUAAAAUUAAAGGAAUUGAAACUUUUUAAAUGAUUAGUGAAAAGUGACGAAAUAAAACCAGCCAGUGCUUGUAAAUACGAUUGUUUUUAUACGCAAAGAGGUCAUUGUUCUUUACGCACGGUUGGCGUGGGGUGUAAAUAUCGAUUUUAUAGAAAAGGCGCGAGAUUUGAAAGUUCACGGUGGAAUUGUAUAAAAAAAAUAAAAGUGUCAUGGCGGGAGUUAGAACGAUUUGAAUUUUUUGUGAAAAAGUUUGGUGUUUUAGUGAAUUAUUGCUUGUUAAAAGUGUGUUUUCUGUAGUAAAAAUGUGUGAAUGUUUAGUUUGUUUGUGAUGCAAGCGUGUGGUGUUAUGCAAGUGGUACAAUACCAGGUGUCGACGCCGAGGUCCGCGAUAGCAGCUGAGGUUCCACAACAUUAUGUACCCCCGCCACCGUAUUUUGCAUCAGUGGGCUGCAACGGCAACGAUGGGACCUGCCGCCGCCGCAAGUACGCGUGGUGGUGCGUCGGCUGCGGGGCCCUGGCUGCGGCCCUGGGCGGCUUGUUGGCGGCCCAGCAUAUACUGCUGCGAGCUUACACUGCGUCCCCACAGCACUUGGAGACGGUGCCUGCUGCUGUGCCGGCGGCUAUGUUGGUGCUAACAGGCGUCUGCAUCAUGAGCCUGGCGCGGCGUCGCAACCGUUACAGCUAUAUGGUAAGAAAAAUAAAAGUGGUAGGCGCGUGCUGCCUGGUGUGCGCGCUCACGUGUGUGCUCGUCACCAUCACCACCACCGUCAUACAUAUGAACAAACUGCAAACGCUGAAGUUCUGUGAAUACACGAAGCUGACGCGCACUUGUACGUGCUUCUCCAUGCCACCUGAUACUCAGCACAGCGCUGCUGAUGAUGAAGGAGUCCGCUGCGUGUUCGAGGGUGUAUCAGAGUGCGGCGUGGUGCACGGCGCGCUGUACUGGUGCCUGCGCGGCGUGUUCGCGCUCUCCGUCAGCGCCGUGCUCGUCUGCAUCUUCAGCUGCAUGCUGGCCUAUCAGCUGCUCAGCCAUGAACGCAAGAAGAUGUACUGGGAACAGCUGGAACUUCGCUGCAGGUCUCUGUAUCGACCCUCCGCCGGUCAGGCCGCGCCCACUGCUGGCAGACAAGUACAGAGUAACUGCAGCUGUUGUGCGCAGUGCCACCCCACACAACCUGCUUGGGACAUCAGUCUACAGCACAGAUUCUGGGCACCAGGUCGUAUAGGAAACCUAUAUUCCCCAAACCCGGGCACCGGCAGGAAGACUUCUGCUUGGAGCUGGUUCCCGUGGCCCAGGAGUAAUAGUCAGAAUUCCCGCUGCCGUCCCCCAGCUCCCCAAUCGGGUGACAGUGCAUACGGGUUCUGCGACAGCGACGUGCCGGCGGCGGCGUACGACGAGCGCUACCCGCACACGCAGGCCCCCUUCAGUCGGGCGCAGGGGAGUAACUUCGCGCAGGGGAGUGGGAGCUUUGCGCAGGGGAGCGGACACUUUGCGCAGGGGAGUGGGAGUUUUGUGCAGGGUCAAGGCAGCUUCCCGCAGGGCAACUUCACAACGGAAGGGUUCGUGGAAUCUCGCGGCACCGUGGACGUCGCCACCGGAGUGUGGGGACCGCCGCCUCCUUACAGCCCUCAGGGACGGAGCACUACUAGACACCACCUUCACCACCAAGACCCAGCAGCGGCCACACUCUUACACCAUCACCACAUAGAACACCGCACCACCAUCCACGAACCCACCCCCAUUCACACCACCCAACCCCACUCCCACACCUGCAGAAACAGCUACCUCAUACAAAACCCAGACAUACGACACAACGACAGAAUCAACCCAGAACUAACGCGUAUAAACCCGGAAUUAACGCGUAUAAACCCGGAAUUACAACGCAUAAACCCAGAAUUGGCGCGUAUAAACCCGGAAUUGGCAAGAAUGAACCCAGAAUUGACGAGAGUAAACCCAGAUUUAGCGGAAUUCGCGCGUUUAAACCCGGAAUUGGCGCGUUUAAACCCAGAAUUGGCACAUAUGGGUUUAUACCCUACGGAUGUGGCGGAAAUGGCGCGUUUACAAGCGGAAUUGGCACAUAUGCCGCCGGAAGCAAGGUUUAACACGUUAAGAGGACAUUUGGUUCCGUAUAGAUGCCAGAGAUUGGGUAUGAGUGCGAGUAAUUUGCACAGGGAUUGUAGGAUCGACGAUAAUGUUACUAUUGAGUGUUUGCAUCAGAAAACUGGCAGUAAAGUUUCAGAUCAAAGUUCGGAUUCUUGUCAGAAACAAGGCAAAGAGAACUUGGGCUUCCAGAAUGACAAGCAUUCUCCUAUCAGAUCGUCGAUGCAAGACUGUCGCGCGGCCAAUCAGAACGCCGAGUCUGAAGUGUACUUCGCAGACGUUUCUAGCUGUUGCAAUGUGUCCGUGAAGGCGGACUGCUGCAUGAACGCGAACGUAUCAGCUCUAGUGGGUACCAUAGAGAAUCAUCCCGAAUCCACUUCCGAGUCCGACACCGGCUCCUUCACUCUCACGCGACAGCAACGGCCGCAGCCGCAAGUUGGCUCCAAACGUCGGCCGAGACAAACAGACAAACAUGCGAAAAACCAAGACAAGAUACGGCAAGUAUUAAAUAACUCUAUACGCCUAACAGAACAUCAGAUAGAACAGCUCAAUAAUUCCAUGAGAAUGAACGAAAGAAUGGAACGAGAACGAAUGAGUGAACGAAUGGAUUCGAGGGACAGGUUGAAUGAUAGGAUGGAGCGGAUGAAUGAUGUUAGAAUCAGUGACAGGAUGAAUGAAACGAGGUUGAGUGAGAGAAUGAAUGAUUCGAGGGAUCGGUUGAAUGAAGGGAGGGAACGAAUGGAGAGGUUGAAUGAUUCCCGUAUCAGUGAUAGAAUGAAUGAGACUAGAAUGAGUGAGCGGAUGAAUGAUUCGAGAGACAGAUUGAACGAUUCAAGGAGUUGUGAGGUAAUGGACCCGAGGAUAGAACGAAUGAAUGACUCCAGAAUCAGUGACCGAAUGAACGAGACUAGACUAAGCGAACGUUUGAACGACUCGCGUGUGUGCGAGCGUAUGACAGAAGCUAGAAUAGAAAGAAUGAACGAUUCCAAACUCAGUGACCGAAGCGAUACUCGUCACAGCGACCGAAUGAACGACACGCGUCACAGCGACCGAAUGAACGAUUCCCGUCUUGAACGAUUAAACGAUUCACGUCUCGAACGAAUGAGUGAACUAAACUCAAGCAUUCGUAUCGACGGCAGUCCCAAAAUGCGAGCACAUAUGAGUCCACUGCGCAUCGCUAGAUCUAGCCCUAAGAAUCUACCUAAAGACCAUCCGAGACAAUCAAGUUCUGACUCGAAUAAGGCAGAUUUUAGGCAAAUUUCGCCUCUAUCUCCUAACACUGAAGAAUCAUUAUUAUCUGACGAUGAAAGACCUCAGGAUCAAGUAUAUUCUAACGACCCUGAGACUUCUAAAUGCUUAGGUCCUGACUCUCAGUAUGAACCAGUAAGAGAUGGUAAGGAAGAAAUUUUGAAAACCAACCACCAUCAUUGUUAUAGUGAUACUAAUACUAUGGAUUCGGGAUGGCAAAGUGGGUCUGAGAAACAGGUUACAGACUAAUUUGGUCAGAAGUCUGACUUUUUAUUGCAGAAAAGUUUUAAGUCAGUUUUUCUGACUGGUUAGAAAUUUAUGCGAAAUGAUGAGACGUAUAAAUGUGUUCUGGUGUCCGUAUGUAUGUGUGAGGUGAGCUAUGGAAUUGCUGAAACUAUGAAAAAAGUUCUUUAUUGCAUAUAAAACGACGCAAUAUAAGACGCACAAUUUUACCAUUGAAAGUCUGUUUUGCGGUAUGUUUGUGAAAUUACACAAAAAUACUGUAAUACAGUUUUUCUUAAUAUUUAGUGUGACUAUGAAAACUAAAUAUUGAAUUGUACGCACAACCAAUAACCAAGAUUUUAAAAAUAUGAACACUCAAAAUAUAAAAAUUCAACAUUUAUUUAAAUAACUUAUCUAGUACUCUCGGUCAUGUGUUCUAUGUGCUGUGCUAAAAACUAUGGAGUUUUUGUAAAUGAUAGACGUAUUACUAGAUGUUAAAAUUAUUCCUAAUAUCCUGUACUUUGUCGUAUAAUUAUGUUGGUUAUAAAUUAUUUUCUUUCAAAUAUUCCUUGGCUAUCUAAUUUAUUGAUUGUGCAUUUAAAUCAUGUUAAACAUUCAUUCAUUUUCAUUACCAUUCAUUCGUUGCUCACCAUUCAUUCACCCUAAUUUUUAUUGAACAUCCAUUCAUUAACCGCUCAUUCAUUCAUUCACAAUCCAUUAUUCAUUCGUUCAAUCAAUGUAUUAGUUUGUAAAGGAAUAUACAAAGAGAAUUGAUAAAUACAUGGUGUUGUAUUUUUGCUUUUAUAAAAACUAUUGCGAAAAACUUGCCGUUUCUCGAAUUUAAAAUUGUAAAAUUAUUUUAAUCAUAAAUAAAAUGUAGCUAUAUUAACUAUGUAAAAAUUGUAAGUGUGUUAAUAACGCUAUCUAAAAGUAAAAUAUAAUAUUGAGAUUAUUAUCGUUUUGUAUUUAAAAACACUCGAAUUUUUAGAUCGCGUAGUAAAAGUUUCUAAAAUAUGUAUUUUUAUUUCAAUGAUAGAUGUUAUUAAACUUCUCCUGAAUAAAAACAUUCGGACAACG